AUGGAUACUGAAGCGAAUGGAGAUCAUGGGCUGGACCUGGGCGCCACCCGAAAAAUCUUGCUGUCCAAUUCUACCAAGCGACGAGCUUUGGAACUCCAAGGGCUGAAUGAAAGGCUUCACGCAGAUGAAUGCCAAGCUACUGAGAUUGUUCGCAUGCUGGCCAUUUUUGUGGACACCUACGCCCUCUACGUUGAUACGAGAUCCAGACAAGCAGUUGAGCAGUGUAUAUCAACGAUUGCUUCGCUGCCCAGUGCAAGUGAAACUCUACCGCCGUUCGUCGGAUUCAUCGAGAGGGAGGCGGGAAAGGGUGGCAUUGCCCCUGCGAAUGCUUUCGUAUUGAUACGAUGGUGCUCGAUGCUGAUUCAGCAUUCUGCUGCUCGCAAAGAACUAUGGCAUGCUUGGGGUCAGCGACUUGUCUUUGCCAUGACAACAGCCCUCGAUCUGUUGUUCCAGAGCGACACCAAGGCUUCAACUAUCACGACUGCCCUGCGUGUCAGUCGAAGAGCGUAUCGUACGCUUCUGAAGGCUGAUUUCGGCAGUUCCGCCCUCGACGUGUGCAUCACAAGCUUGACAGCCAAGGCAAGUGGUCCAAUUGCUCACCACGCAAUACCCCUAGGCAUAUUUGCCGGGGUGUGCAGUAGACUGCCCGGAACGGAUGGCAUCAUUCGCGGAAGGAAGUCUGACUAUGCUGCUUUUUACGUGCGAGAAAUGCUUGGAUCACGAGUACGGCUUCCGGCAUAUAUUGCCAGGUCUCUUCAUGACUUCUUCUCGUCAUUUAUCACUGUCGACGACAUGAAGAGUGACUACAUCCCGGCCAUUGAGAAAUCGUUAUUGCGUGCACCAGAGAUCGUCUUGAAUGACCUGGUGACACCAAUUGUGCUUGCCCUGCCGGAUGAUCUGGACUUGUCUGAUUUACUUCUGUCGAAUCUACUCAAGCCACUACUAUCGAACGCUAAAUCUUCCAAUGCGGAUAUUAGAGAAGGUGUUCUUCGCACGUUCAUCGCCACAUCAAGCCGCUGUCAUGAGGCCGACGUGGUCCGCAAGAUUGGAGACGAGAUUGCAGCUCCUCUGAACAGCAACAAAGUAUCGGGUGCCGAACAGAGAGUCUUGCACGCCAAGAUGCUCGCCGCGCUGUCCGGAACGCAGGGGCUCAGACGGAACACACUUUUAGACCACGUUGCAGUUGCAGCCAAGGAAUCUAACGAGGCUGCUCUGGGUGCGGAGCUAGAAGCAGCCGGUAAAGCCAUAGGAUUUGCUUUGCAGCAAGGUGAAAAGAUCGAGAGCCCAGUCAUGGACGCAUUCACCAAGGGUCUUGGUGAAAAGAGACUACCCAUGCGUCGACUGUGGGUGCUGCAGUUGGCCAACAUCUUCUGGGACAUUGACGAUGACGCCCUCGAAGGCGGACAUGCCGAUGCUUUUGCAGAUGCGUGUCUUGGAAAGCUGAUCGAUAUAUUCAACGAGAUCGCAGCUAAUCCCAUACCAGCGACCUCCUCUGGCCAGAUCGGAAUUGCAUUCAUGAUUACAGCCUUAUGCCUUGCGAGAUUCCCGAGAAUGAAAGAUCUCAAGAGUGCAUCCAUCUUAAAAAAGGCGAAUGUGCAAGACAGAGUACUGGCUUUGGAACCGAAGCCUUCAUUCCUGCUCAAUCCUCGAGUAUACAGCAAGCUAGCAACGGACGACGACUUCGUCUGGUUUCAACGUGCUCUGGUAUCGGCCCUCGAACAUCUACCGCUUUCGCAACAAGUCGACGUUGUGAGCGUCAGCUGGACACAAGGCUUGAUCUUCUGCAUAGUAGCCGCCGGCAAUUCUCCCAAGGGUCGCAGCAGCACGCUAAGUACUCUUCGGAAUACAUACGUCUCUAAGCCAGAAUUCAUCGGCAGGCUCGUGACACUUGGACUAUGGCAGUGGCUAGAAGACCUCGAACUAAUGGCUAAAGAUUCUGCAGCUCUCGCUGCCAAGACCGGACGUGGCGAAUUGCACAAGAUCGUUCGUUCUAUAUGUCUUCCGCAAGACUCAUUCGAGCUUAAAGGACAGCCAAUACCCGAGGGGACGAUCGAGCAACAGUUGGCGAGUCUCGUUGUACUGUGCCGGCCUCAGCUGCUUCCGCGGUCAUCGUGGAUUGGUCUAUGCAUUCGCACAGGCACCGAUCCGGGUGCCCUAGCUACUAGGCUCUCACAAGACUGCCUAUCGCGAACUUUGACCGUCACAGAACAUUCCACCUGGAAGAACGUCGCCGCGUUUCAAAGUGCAGCUUAUGAUGCGGCAGCAGAGCUCGCCUUUGUCGCUCCUAAUGCCAUUACACCGCUAUUAGUGGCGCAAAUAUCUCUCGACUUGGCUCCAUCUCAGCUAACGGAAAUUGGUCCUACCGAAGCAGCGAUCUAUCGUACACCAGAAGGCACAGCUUUUGUUAAUGUCCUUUCAAAGCAAGCUCAAGCGCAGCCUGUAAGCAAGAAUACUAAAGACUACGAGACGCUCAAAUGGGAAGAAGAACUUCGAACCCAGAUAUCUCAGAAGAAAGGGCAAGCGAGAAAGCUCACGGCAGAGGAGCAGUCAAAGGUCAAUGCACAGCUUGCCAAGGAGUCCGAUAUUCGUACACGUGUUGCCGACGUCGAUGCACGUCUACGGCGAGGGAUUGGAAUGAUAGGCGCACUUGCGACAGGGCCACCGACUGAAGCAGAGGCAUGGUUCGGACCGUCCGUCAAGCUGCUAUUCGAAGUCAUCGAGGCGGGCGCUGGGCUCAUUUUGGGCGACACUGCUGCGCUUGGCUAUCUGCAGUGCGCGAACAAAACUUCUGGCCGGCUUCUUGCUAUGAGACCCUUCGUCGGGGUUGCUACUCUCAGGGCUGCGGGCAUUACACUUCUGCCAGAGAAUUUGCUUGCUGAGCCUCUUGGAGACUUGGUCACACGUGUACUGUACAGACUGCGAUUCCUCGGUGAGCAAAGACCAUUUGAUACUGUUACACUCAGCUACAUCCUGGCUCUGGUGUUCUUGGUCCUUGAGCAUGGAGGGAUUGACCGGGCCGAUAGCGAAGCUGCCGAUGAACAAAUCAUUCUUGCAGUAGAGUUCCUCUCGUUUCACACAGAAACUUGCAGCGAUGUCCGUCUACCUCGGGAGAAAUUGCUAGAUACACUAAUCCACUCCAUGGAACGCUUCACUCAGCACUUUCGUGCCAUUAAGGACUGCUUCAGCGAUCUGUGCAGAUGUAUUGCGCCAUCAAUGAGCGAAAUUGAGACUGCUGCCGUGAUCAAAGGUGCCAUUGUCGCAGAUCAGUCGGUUCGAGGUGCAGUACUACAGGCCGUCAGCGCUGAGCUCGACUUGACCGAAGGCACGUUUUAUGCGGAGAUCUGGCUUGCAUACCACGAUGAUGUCGAAGAGCAUGUUGAGAUCGCUCACGAAAUUUGGGACGAGCAUCAGCUCAGAGUUCGAGAGGACUCCGACAUGAUAUGCCUGCAAUAUCUCGAGUCGAAGGAUAUGCAGCUUCGACGUGCUGCCGCUCGCGCCGUGACAGGCGCAGUCCGGCACUUUCCCAAUGGGUUCGACAAAAUACUGGCUGAGCUCGAAGAAAGAUAUGCAGAGUAUGCCAAGCCAAGGAAGCCGGAGCUCGAUCGCUACGGUAUGCCUGUCAAGAAAGAUCUUGCAGAUCCGUGGGAGGCUCGCCAUGGGAUUGCUCUAGCCUUUGGCGAGCUCGCAGACGUCUUCCCGCAAGAUCAACUGACAUCCUUUCUACAAUUCUUGAUCGAGCAUGGCCCACUAGCCGACAAGAACAACUUAGUACGCGAUGCGAUGGUGGAGGCUGCGACCACGGUGGUCACGAGCCGUGGCAAAGAACAAGUCGAAGCACUGAUGAAGCUAUGCGAGACCACUCUCGAGAGCUCCGCAAACACCAACCAAUCGCAGGAUCUGGUCAGCGAGGCUGUAGUCAUCUUAUAUGGUGCCCUGGCUCGUCAUCUUCCACAUGGCGACCCACGGGUGCCCAAGGUCGUACACCGCUUACUUGCGACACUCAGUACUCCAUCCGAGUCAGUACAGUACGCAGUGGCACAAUGCUUACCUCCACUUGUCCGCGCAUCACCGGAUAAAGCUAGUGAGUAUUUGAAGAUCACUAUGGAGGAAGCCCUUCACAGCAAAAAGUAUGCAAGCCGUCGUGGCGCUGCAUAUGGCUUAGCCGGUAUCAUCAAGGGGAGAGGUCUCUCUGCCUUGCGUGAGGGCCGCAUGCUAUCAAUGCUCAGGGCUGCGACGGAAAACAAGAAAGAUGCAAACGAGCGACAAGGUGCUUUCUUGGUCUACGAGCUCCUCUCGCUCCUGCUUGGACAGAUUUUCGAACCGUAUGUCAUUCAAAUUGUGCCACAAUUGCUGGUCGGGUUCGGCGACACAACCACGGAUGUUCGAGAAGCGUGCCUCGAUGCUGCAAAGACAUGCUUUGCCUCCUUGAGUUCAUAUGGCGUAAAACAGAUCCUGCCGACACUGCUUGAAGGUCUUGACGAGUCACAGUGGCGAAGCAAGAAAGGUGCAAGUGACUCGCUGGGCGCCAUGGCCUAUCUUGACCCUCAGCAGCUUGCUGUAAGCCUGCCAGAAAUCAUUCCGCCGUUAACAGAAGUUCUGAACGACUCGCACAAAGAAGUCAGAGCGUCUGCUAAGAGAAGUCUGCAGCGCUUCGGCGAUGUCAUCACUAAUCCAGAAGUCAAGAGUCAGGUUGACAUACUGCUUAAAGCACUCAGUGACCCCACGAAGUAUACUGAUGACGCUCUUGAUGCGCUCAUCCGCGUCAACUUCAUUCACUAUCUCGAUGCACCAUCUCUUGCGCUCGUCGUGCGUAUCUUGGAGCGUGGACUGGGCGAGCGUUCGGGCACGAAACGCAAGGCCGCGCAGAUCAUUGGCAGUCUGGCUCAUCUGACAGAGCGCAAGGACUUGACACAGCACUUGCCUAUACUCAUCGCUGGUCUUCGUGUAGCCAUUGUUGACCCUGUUCCUGCUACGAGAGCUACAGCUUCGAAAGCACUUGGAUCAACCAUCGAGAAGCUUGGCGAAGACGCAUUGCCCGACCUCAUACCAGAUCUCAUGCAAACUCUCAAGGCCGACACUGGCGCUGGAGAUCGUUUAGGAUCCGCACAAGCUCUGAGCGAAGUUCUCGCCGGUCUUGGUACUGGCCGCCUCGAAGAAACGCUGCCGACCAUCCUUCAGAACGUGGCGAGCUCGAAAGCCUCAGUCAGAGAAGGCUUCAUGUCCUUGUUCAUCUUCCUGCCCGCCUGCUUCGGACAAAGCUUCGCAAAUUAUCUGGCCAAGAUCAUUCCACCAAUUUUGGCUGGUCUCGCCGAUGACAUCGAGUCCAUACGUGAGACAGCUUUGCGUGCUGGACGGCUACUCGUCAAGAAUUUUGCAACUAAAUCUGUGGAUCUGUUGCUUCCUGAGCUCGAGCGCGGUCUUGCAGACGAUAGCUACCGCAUCCGUCUCAGCUCCGUUGAGCUCGUUGGCGACUUGCUCUUCAAUCUGACAGGCAUUAGUGGAAAGACUGAGGCAGAAGAUAUGGAAGAGAAUGCUACGGAAGCAGGUCAGUCAUUGCUAGAAGUCCUUGGCCAAGAGAAGCGCGAUCGUGUAUUGUCUGCGCUAUACAUCUGUCGCAAUGAUACUUCAGGUCUCGUCCGGACUGCCGCCAUCACGGUCUGGAAGGCAUUGGUGUCAACGCCACGCACGCUACGUGAACUCAUCCCGACACUUACUCAACUGCUUAUCCGCAGAUUGGCGAGUUCUAACAUGGAGCAGAAGGUCAUUGCAGGCAAUGCUCUGGGCGAGCUCAUCCGAAAAGCUGGAGAGGGCGUGUUGGCCAGCCUCUUACCAACACUCGAAGAGGGUCUGCAAACCUCGACGGACACCGACGCACGUGAGGGUAUCUGUAUCGCACUACGCGAGCUCAUUGCUUCUGCUUCGCCCGAGUCCCUGGAAGAGUAUGAGAAGACCCUUAUUUCCGUGGUGCGGACAGCUCUAGUCGAUUCGGACGAAGACGUCAGAGAAGCUGCUGCAGAAGCAUUUGAUUCACUGCAGAAGGUCAUUGGCAAACGUGCCAUCGACCAGGUCUUACCAUACCUUCUCAGCUUACUGCGCUCUGAAGAUGACGCCGAGAAUGCCUUGUCUGGUCUCUUGACACUAUUGACAGAGACAAGUCGCAGCAAUGUCAUCCUCCCGAACCUGCUACCAACAUUGCUCACAUCGCCAAUCUCAGCCUUCAAUGCUCGUGCACUUGCAUCACUGGCGCAAGUCGCUAGCUCGGCGAUGACCAGGAGACUGCCGAUCAUACUCAACUCACUUAUGGACAACAUCGUAGCUACUAAAAAUGAUUCUCUCCGUGCUGAGCUCGACCUCGCAUUCGACACUGUCAUCGUGUCAGUGGAUGAGUACGACGGUCUCAACACGAUGAUGAGCGCAAUGCUUGCUCUCGUCAAGCAUGACGAUCAUCGCAGACGUGCGGCGGGAGACAUGCAUCUCGCAAAAUUCUUCGAAAGUGCUCAAGUCGACUUCUCACGAUACUAUCCUGACCUCAUUCGUGUCCUGCUCAACGCCUUUGACGACGGUGACAAGGAUGUCGUCAAGGCUGCUUGGACUGCGCUUUCAGCUCUUACACAGCGCCUGCGAAAAGAGGAGAUGGAGUCACUUGUGGUGACUACCCGUCAAACACUCAACCAUGUUGGUGUUGCCGGCCAUAGCUUGCCAGGUUUCUCAUUACCGAAGGGCAUCAAUGCCAUCCUGCCAAUCUUCCUGCAAGGUCUCAUGAAUGGCUCUGCUGAGCAACGAACACAAGCCGCUCUCGCUAUCUCAGAUCUGAUCGACCGCACAAGCCCAGAGGGUCUCAGGCCUUUUGUCACUCAGAUCACUGGGCCACUGAUUCGUGUUGUAUCCGAGCGAUCUACGGAGCUGAAGUCGGCCAUCCUACUCACCCUCAAUAAUUUGCUCGAGAAGAUCCCGACCUUCCUCAAGCCCUUCUUGCCUCAGCUUCAGCGCACUUUUGCAAAGUCGCUGGCAGACCCUUCGAGCGAGAUCCUGCGGUCAAGGGCCGCCAAGGCUCUGGGGACUUUGAUCACGAUGACGCCAAGGAUUGAUCCAUUGAUCGCUGAGCUCGUCACUGGAGCCAAGACGACCGAUUCAGGUGUCAAGAACGCUAUGCUGAAAGCAUUGUAUGAGGUAGUCAGCAAGGCUGGUGGGAACAUGAGUGAUGUGUCUCGGAAUUCAAUUCUUGGCCUGAUCGACUCAGAAUCUGGCGAAGAUGACGAUGCUCUGAACAUAACAUUCGCAAAGCUACUCGGUGCACUCAUCAAAGUCCUACCACAAGAUGCUGCGACAAGCUUGAUCAAGAGCCGAGUGCUUAUCAACCACUUUUCCCGCCCAUCCGUACUGGCGCUCAAUGCAGUCCUGGUAGAGGCACCAGAAGCCUUGACCAAGCAGCUAGCAGAUGCUACGCAAACAGUCAUCGUGCAUGGUCUGAGCUAUAAGGAUCCAUACAUCUCGGAUAACUGUGUCCUAGCAGCCGGCAAGUAUCUCCUGGCCGAAAGCAGCAACAAGAGCUUCGAUCAUACAAAGCCGCUCUUCGAUGCUCUGGCUCAAGUCAUUCCACCAGGUCAUCCAGUUGAUACUCGUCGUCUUACUCUCGUGGUCAUUCGCACCAUCAGCCGCGAGCACAACGAUCUCACACGUCCUCACCUCGAAACUCUCGUCCCGCCCAUUUUCGCUAGCGUGAGGGAUAUGGUGAUACCUGUCAAGCUGUCAGCCGAAAGUGCCUUCUUAUCUAUCUUCAACGUCGUGGACUCGGAGAAUGAGGUAUUCAAUAAGUACAUGGCUGGGCCUGGAACGAAGCUGGGACUGGGACCCCAGAGGAGCAUGAAGGAGUAUUUUACGAGGGUUGCGUUGAGGUUGAGUAGUCAGGCUAAGGAGAGGAGGGAGGCAGAGGGUGGUGUUAGGGGUUUCUUGAGUACGGAGGAGGGAGAGGAUCUGAGGGAGAUUAUGAGUAUUGGAAGGGUGGAUCUGGGGGAGGGGACGUUUGGGGAUGAGGUGAACCUCCGCACGCAAAAGCGCCUCGCGGCCGCCGUCGCCGGAUGCGGCCAACGCAAGAUCUGGCUCGACCCCAACGAAGUCAACGAGAUCUCCAACGCCAACUCCCGCAACACCGUCCGCAAGCUCAUUGCCGAUGGCCUCAUCAUCCGCAAGCCCGUCACCAUGCACUCGCGCUCGCGGUCUCGGGAGUUGACGGCUGCGAGGAGGCUUGGAAGGCAUAGGGGUAUGGGUAAGAGGAAGGGUACGGCGGAUGCUAGGAUGCCUAGCCAGGUCGUGUGGAUGCGUCGUCUGCGUGUCCUCCGCCGUCUACUGGUCAAGUACCGCGCCGCCGGCAAGAUCGACAAACACCUCUAUCACGAGCUCUACCACUUGAGCAAGGGUAACACCUUCAAGCACAAGCGUGCCCUUGUUGAGCACAUCCACAAGGCCAAGGCCGAAGCCGCCCGUGAGCAACAGAUCAAGUCGGAGAUGGACGCCAAGCGCGCCAAGACCAAGGCCGCCCGCGAGAGGAGACAGGAGCGCAUCACGCAGAAGAGGAACCAGAUGGCGGGCGAGGAGGACGAGCCGGCGGCCGAGCAGUAG